AAAUCAACAAAGAAAUUGAUAUAUUACACUUUUAAGUCUAGCUUAAUUAGUAAAAGUGACUCCUCUGCAAUAGGUAGAUUCUUACUUUACUAUCACACUCCAGUAAAAUGGGUAAUUCUUUUCCAUUUAAUUUGCGAGACAGGAUUGGAAUGACUCCUUAUCCUGGUCCACGCUGUUGCUAUCCCUACCUAAUAAAAAGAAUUUCCUCGAAUUUGUCGACUUAUAAUUAUCGCUUUCUAAAGGAAGGAAAAGAUCUCGAAAAGCUUUUUUUUUUCUUUUUCUUUUUUUACAUCAGCUUAUCCUUUUAAUUUUCUUUGAAAAGAUUCUGAGAAAGAAGAGGCUACCAUUUAAUUAUGAGUCAAUGAUUAAAUUCACUGAAGGGGAAGAAGAAAAAUAGUUGAAUGCUUACUAGAGUACCUACCAUUUAGAGCCUAUUCAUCUGUUUCUUAUCGUCCUUUUCACUAUUCAUCUUCCAUAUCCGAGCAUAGCAAUGGAGAAGGAAAGCAGAGAUGAGAUUCAUGUAUUAAUGGUUGCAUUUGCAUCUCAAGGUCACAUUAACCCUUUGCUUAGACUGGGAAAACGGUUGAUCUCUAAAGGGCUUCAUGUCACUCUGGCUAUCACUGAAAUUGCCCGCCAUCGCAUCCUCAAGUCCUCCGUCACCACCUCCAUCUCCAGAGUCCAACUUCUCUUCUUCUCUGAUGGUCUAAGCCUUGACUACGACCGUAAGGCCAACUUAGACCAUUACCUAGAAACCUUAGGCAAGUUUGGACCUAUUAAUCUCUCAAACCUUAUCAAAGAAAACUACCCAAAGGAUGGUUACAAGAAGCUUUCUUGCAUCAUAAACAACCCCUUUGUUCCUUGGGUGAUAGAUGUUGCUAUUGAGCACGCAACCCCUUGUGCUAUGCUUUGGAUACAACCAUGUUCUCUUUAUGCAAUUUACUAUCAUUUUUACAAUAAGUUGAACUCAUUUCCUACCUUAACAAACCCUGAAAUGAGUGUUGAAUUGCCCGGCUUGCCAUUGUUGCUUACAGAAGACUUGCCUUCCUUUGUUCUUCCUUCAAACCCAUUUGGUAGUAUCCCUAAACUUUUCUCUGAUGUGUUCUUGAACAUAAAGAAGUACACAUGGGUUCUUGGGAACUCAUUCUUUGAGCUUGAGAAAGAUGUCAUUAACUCCAUGGCUGAUCUCUACCCAAUUCGCCCCGUCGGCCCUCUUGUUCCUCCAUCACUACUUGGCGAAGAUCAAGAUGAAGAUAUUGGAGUUGAUAUGUGGAAAGCUGAAGAUUCUUGCAUUGAAUGGUUAAACAAGCAAGAACCAUCUUCAGUUAUAUAUGUAUCUUUUGGAAGUAUCAUAGUGUUGUCAUCCCAACAAAUGGGGAGCAUAUUAAAAGCUCUAAAGAACACUAAUCAUCCAUUUCUCUGGGUGGUAAAGCAAUUAACUGAUGCACCAUUAGCAAGUGGCAAUGGACAAUUGCCAUUGGGAUUCUUGGAGGAGACAAAAGAUCAAGGGCUUGUUGUAUCAUGGUCUCCACAAACAAAGGUUUUGUCUCAUCCUUCAAUUGCUUGCUUUAUAACACAUUGUGGGUGGAAUUCUAUGCUUGAGACAAUAGUGGCAGGCGUACCAGUGAUUGCAUGCCCUCAAUGGACCGACCAACCUACCAAUGCAAAGCUUAUUGUUGAUGUUUUUCGUAUAGGUCUAAGGCUUAGAGCAAACCAAGAUGGAAUUGUUACUAAUGAUGAAUUCGAAAAAUGUAUUAAAGAGAUUAUGAAUGGACCGAAAUCUGAAGUGUUUGAAUCCAAUGCAAAAGCAUUGAAGCAAGCUGCGAGGGAAGCAUUGGCUGGUAGUGGUUCGUCGGACCGGAAUAUUCAGUUGUUUGUUCAGGAGAUUCUUGAGAGAAGUUGCUCAUGUGGGGUACGUAUAUGAUGUAGAAAGAUGCUAAUUAAGGAAUAAGUAUUGCAAGAUAAAGACAAUAGAUUGUUACCACAUGGGAUUGGUGUAUUAUGGUAUAUAAUUAAGAUAAUAGUGACACAUUACGAUCUUAAAGAGUGUAUAGUCGGAAAGACAGUGUCAUGUUGUAUAUGUAUUGCCAAUUUUAUGAGAAUAAUGGUAGGAGCAUUUCCAUCA